AUGUCUAAGUCGCCAGUUACUUGCCAUGUCCUCGACUCCUCUAUCGGAAAACCCGCCCAGGGCGUCAGUGUCCAUCUCCAAAGCUUGAACGAAGACAAUAGCAGUUUCACAUCCCUUGCAACCGGAGAAACAAAUGCGGAUGGUCGAUGCUCUGAUCUCCUCCCCCCACAACCCCUUCCCGCAGGCACAUAUAAAAUUAUAUUCAAACCAAAAGAGUACUUUGAACGUUCUGGUCGCAAGUGUUUCUACCCUUGGGUGGAGAUUGCUUUUGACCUGGAGAACCCUGCCGAACAUCAUCACAUUCCGCUCUUGAUAAGCCCUUACUCGUUCACCACUUAUCGAGGUAGCUGA